GGCAGACGGCGGCCCAUUACUCGCCGUCACGGGCCAGCCCCGCGGGGGGGCCGCAGCUCGGUCCUGCCCGGUCCCGUCACCCCGUCCCGGGCAGGCGGGGAGCGGCGGCGGGGCCGUUUCCCCGUGGGCGGGCCGGGAGCUGGAGGACACCCAGCAGCCGCCUUGGACCGGCCCCCGUCCUCCCGCAGCCUCUGGCCCUGUCCCGCCCGGAGAAAGGGGGUUCGGGGGGGUCUCACCGUCUGGAGGGGGGUGCAGAGAGGGCCCCGCCAGGCUCUUCCAGUGGUGGCCGGUGACAGGACUCACGGUGACGGGCACACGCUGACACAUGGGAGGGUCCCCCUCGACAGCGGGAAACACUUUCGGGGGGUGACCAAGCACUUGGCUGCCCGGGGAGGUGGUGGACUCUCCCUCCAUGGAGAUACUCCAAACCCAUCCAGACGUGGACCUGGGCAACCUGCCAUAGGUGGCCCAGCCCGAGUGGGGAUGUUGGACAAGGUGACACCCAGAGGUGUUUUCCCCCCUCAACCCCUCUGUGAUUCCGUACGGAGCUUCCUCAGGGCAGAUCACUUACUGGUGGGCUGUGGUGCUGUACAUGGGGUCUUUCCUGGCCAUGCUGCCCAAGGACAUGGGGUCUAGGCUGGUGCAGAGCCCCCUUCCCCAACUCACUGUGCAGACCCCUCUGUUCCAUGGCUGAAUGCAGCCUGUCCGAGUGGGCACCUGGCUACCACAACUGGUAGAGCCCUAGUCGUGGUGGGAGCUCUUCCUCUUGACAGCUGAGACCUACGUCAGCCCUAAUAACAGAAGAAAAGUAGAAGAGGGGUUGCAGGAGAAAUCGCCCCUGGAAACAUGCAUCUGGGCAAUGAUGAUGGUGGUUUCUGCUGUCCCAAUCAGUUACGGAAGGGAGGGAUGAGCGAGCGGUGACCUUGCUGCGUGGGAAGGGAGAGUGGAACUGGGAAGUGAGAAGCUUCUGCAGAAGCUGCUGUGCUGGGCUCCCAGGGCUCUGUCUGCCAGUGGGGAGGUGUGGGACCUUGGCCCCAGGGUGAGGGAAAGGCCCGAGGUGGGUACUUGCUGGAGCAAUGGAAGGGUCCUGACCAGGGCCAGGAGCCCGGUGGGGCCCCAGGAGCGUGAUGUGUCUUUCAGUCACUACUCGGGCUGGUUGUCCCUUCAGGGGCUUGCAGGCAGGAUCAAGCAAAUUGCUUACUAUGUGAGCAUUUAGAAGUUAAACUCCUGCAGGGACAGGAUGUGGCGAGUGAAGAAAUAGACCCUGAAAGAUUUUGGGUGCCCUGUCCUAAAAAGCACAGCUCUUGGGCUGUGUUUGCCUUGAAGGGAAGGCGUGUGGAGAGGAUGUCUGAGGAUGUUGGGUACGGGGGGAAUAAGCGGUGGUGGUUGCACCAAGAAGCAGCUGCAGGAUAACUCAUGUUUGAGUUUGACUUCCUCUCUGUCCCCACCGUGGGUCUCAGCUCUUGUGUGAAGCUGCAGCAUUCCUGGGGCAUGGAGCUGCCCUGCAGUGUCUGAGUCAUCUGCUGCUUUCAGCGUGCUAACCUGAGCAUUCAGACACUGUGAGUCAGGUUAAAAAACCAUGGCUUUAAAAAUAGUACAUUGUGGGUUCUGUCCUCCGGUAUAAAAGCCUUUAGGGCUUACAUGUUUAAAGUAGGGUGGGUUUUUUUGUUGGUACCUUUUAUCAUGGGUAAAAACUUACUUUCCAAAAGUUGAAUUUCAUCACUUCAGAAAAAAAACCAGAAAGUUGGAAGAUCCAGAGAUAUCUUUCCUGUCAGUACAAAAGUCUUGGGACCCAUGGUAGAGGUCAGACUUUAACCUUCUUUUGCCACGUAAUUAAGAUUAGCAUCCUAUUUACUGUGUCCAGGGGCUGUGCUCUACACGGCCAUGUAUCUGAUGAGGUGGAACUCCAUUCCUCAGCAUGAUAUGCAGAAACUUUGAAUGAGUUAAUAACUAUAGUUGCUUUGUAUCGAGAUGGAAGUGACUAAGCAGACUGCAUUCCUAAAGUGUUACUUAUUUUGAUAUAAAAUCUGCUUGCUUGGUACUGCCCAUGUCUUUUAGGCAUUAGCAUGGCAGAGUUUUGUUCAGAAAAGCUUCAGGUUUGGAGUAGCUGAGAACUCUGGAAGAGGUCCUUGCUGCUGUGCUACUCCCCUCAUCCCUCCAGGACCGAGCUGGCAGCUUCCCUAGACUUCAGAAGACCAGAAACUCUUUUAUUUGGCUACUAACACAGGAGGCUUGGUGACAAGGAGGUCUCUUGGGUGGUUUAGAACUGCAUGGCUCUCAUAAAAGGAGUGAAAGAUUGCUUCAGAGCUGCAUGGGCUUGCCGAGUCAGUGAUUUGCGUGUUCUUGUGCCUGUUGUGCAGGAGGACAAGGUAAGGUGGUGUGUUAGUGCCUUUGUUUAGUUAAUCCGUGCUACGGAGGGUUGUGGGGUAUCUGCAGCACCUGCAGUGUGUGGGCUUGACCUCAGCACCAAAGAGUAUUUUAUUCUUGAACAACAUUGGCAGCAUUCUCUCCUUGAGCAUGUGCUUUCAGGAAAUAGAAUUGUCUUGAGACCUUCCAUGGAAAAUGCUGAGCAUUCUUUCUGGCUUUCAGAGUUGGAAAAAGAGUCAGGGCUACCUAUCAUGUGUUGUGAACGUGUCUCUUUCUUCUGCUUUGGGUAAAGAUAUGGAAGCUGUCUUCAAACAGAGUGCAUCCGAGAGGCUGUCGGGAGAAAUGUGGGAUAUUCUGUCUAGAAAUUAUUUAAUUUCUCUUCACUCAAAACUACUGUUUUCAAUGAAAUAAUUCAGUAUUCUUGACUACACUGAACUGCUGUAAGUGCUAAUGCAGUAGGGAUGAUAAAUUUGGCUUCUGUGGAAAUACUGAGAAUCAUAGUGGAGACACUGAAGUUUGGAAGGAGAGGUCAGGAGAGCAUCAGUCAUGUUGGGGCUGGUUAGUUUGUGAAAGGUCCCUGAAGUACAAGUGCUGGCUGCCUGAUUCUGGUGGUCUCUACCAGUCCUGUGUCCCUAAGCUGUGGUUUGGCCUUUCUCUGGCUGUGACUGAGGGUUACUCAGUUCAGAUCAGACCACCCCAGUCUGCUCAUUCUUCACCAAAGAUCCAUCUCAGCUCAGAUUAAAUGCCUGGUUCUUGAUAGCAGCCACCUGCCCUGCAAGCCUGGGCAGGUGAAGAGCUGCAUUCUCCUCCUUGGGUGGUUAUUUGGGAGGGUACAGUUCAGGGCUGUGGCUGGCGGAGCAGCACCGAGCAGGAGAGCACGUCGUGCGCUUUAAGGUUGUGCUCUACCCCCUGUGUUUAAGAUGAGCUGGGAGCCGUGUGUUCCUGGUUGGAUCUGCUGGUCCAAAGAUCAAUGACGUGCCUUGGAAAGACCUUUGCUGUUGCGCUCCCAACUGUACGGCUUCUCAGGUUGUGCUGUGCAGAGCUGACACCCAGGGGCUCUGGGACAACACUGUGUCUUUGGAGUCUCAUACCACCUUGAUGCGUGCAGGACACGUGUGGACCUGGACAAGGCUGGAGAUGGGGUGUUUUUAAGCACGUUGGCAAUUGCCAUGCACCCAACAGGGCCAGUGGACAGUGGCUUCUCCCGCUCUGCUGUGCAGACCCUCUCCCGGAGCCACUGCCGCAACAUCAAACAGAAGAUCUCCCAGUGGGAGGGGAGGACACGAGGGUGCUCCAACAAGGAGAAACAGCAGCUGAAGGACUUUGGAGUAAAGUAUGAUCCCAGCUGCGAUGCUCUGCUCAGAACAAAGCCAGAACAUACAGACAAGGGCAGAAAGACUGAGUCCAAACAUCCAAAGAGCCUGGGUUUGGACUUCAGGGAAGAUGCACGGAGCUGCUUGCAGACUGAUGACUGUGGUGACCUCAAGCCCUGUGCGUGCAGCCUCUCUUCCCAAGCCAAGGAGAAAGGAGAGAGGCAAGCAGACUUCCUGCACCCAGGGGCAAGACUGCCCCCGGGGAACUUCUAUACCUCAGAAGCUCUGUGGAGGAGAGUAGAUCCCCUUCUGCCUGACAAAGCCCCACCAUGUCCCUUGGACCUUCAGAGGAAGCAAGGGAGGUGUGGCUCCAGGGAAAGAGAACUUAAAGGAGUGGAGCCUCUCUGCAGGGCAGAGAGGAGCUUGAAAAAGAUUUAUUCUGAGGCUGAGGGGCAAGAGGAGGAGCAGGCUGCUGUCCCACCACCCAAGCCCCGCAGGACUUUCUGCUAUCUUGCAGAGAAGGGUGCUGGUAGCUACAGCGAUGCCAGUGCUAGCAGGGAAGCUGCCCUGCAAAAGCAGCAUGGAGGAGACUUGGUGUCAUCCUCCAACAAUUCUGAGAAGAAAAUAGCCAGCAGGAGGAUCAGAGGGAGAAGCCAGAGGAAAUCUUUUGAGUUUGAGGACAUCCAGGGCUUCCGCAACCGGAUGGGAACUACCAACUCCCCCAGACUUCGAGAAGAGGCAAAUGGCACUGCGGGAUCCAGGCUUGUCUGCACACAGUCAGAAGACAACAUCUACGAGGACAUUAUCUGUCCUGCAAAAGAGAACCACUAUGAAGAUAUCAGAGCGCUGCCCUUACCCUUGUGGAAGGUCCCAUCUGUCUGGAAGCUCCCACCCCCUCGGAGCAACAGUAGAGCUCCCAAGCCUCCCCCAAAACCUCCCUUCCUCAGUCGCAAGAGUCUUGAGCUAAAGCCCUCCCAGACAAGUUUCCAAGGGAAAGUGGUGAAGGAUACAACCCUGCCUGUCACACUGACUGAGUGGAAGCUGUUCCGAGCAGUGGAGGCUGCUAGCAAGAGAAAGAACUUGCCCUGGCUGGUACUAAAAAUACAGGAGAUCUUUGAUUCUAAGCGUGGAAAGAAGAGGAUGAAGUUGCUUAAUCCUGCUGGGAGAGAAGCACCUCCAGUGAAAGGUGAAACCAGUGGGAAUGAAAGCGAUACGGAAAAUCAGCCAAAAAGUCGGCACAGGUGCCCGUUGCAGGCGCAGUCAGCCACCAAGAGGAACCCACACUACCAGACUCUGGAGAGGGAUCUGAUAGAGCUUCAGGAGCAGCGGCUCUUUGAGCUGUUUGUGGUGGUGUCGCUGCACAAGAAGGCAUCUGAGACAGCGUACACACCACAGAUCAUACAACAGUUUCCCAGCAAGCCUGAACAUCCCUUCAGACAGUCAAAGGAUACUGAAGAGAGGCUAAAGGUCAUUCCCAAGUUUUGCUUUCCAGAUCCCAAAGACUGGUUCCCUACAUCACACCUUAAAAGCGAAACGUUUUCUUUUGUGUUGACGGGUGAGGAUGGCAGCCGAUGGUUUGGGUACUGCAAGAAGCUCCUGCCGGAGGGGAAGGGGAAGCGCCUUCCUGAGGUGUACUGCAUCGUUAGCCGCCUGGGCUGCUUCAACCUCUUCUCCAAGAUUUUAGAUGAGGUGGAGAAGAGGCGAGAGAUGUCCCCGGCCCUCGUACACCCGUUUAUGCGCAGUGUAAUGGAGGCGCCAUUCCCUGCUCCUGGACGCACCAUCGCUGUGAGGAGCUUCCUGCCGGGAGCGGGAGAUGAGGUGGUGGAGCUCUGCCGCCCGCUGGACUCCCGGCUCGAGCACGUUGACUUCGAAUGCCUCUUCAGGUGCCUCAGCGUCUCACACACCAUCCGGGUCUUUGCCUCUCUCCUGCUGGAAAGGAGGGUGAUCUUUGUUGCUGACAACUUGAGCACUCUCUCUAAAUGUGGCCAUGCCGCAGUUGCAACGCUUUAUCCCUUCACUUGGCAACACACCUACAUCCCAGUCCUGCCAACUUCUAUGAUUGAUAUUGUGUGCUCUCCGACCCCAUUCUUAAUUGGCAUUCUCUCCUGCUCGUUACCGCAGCUCCAGGACCUGCCCAUAGAAGAGGUUCUGAUUGUUGAUCUCUGUGCUGACAAGUUCUUGCAAGAGGUAUCAGACGAAGAUGAGAUUCUGCCUCAUAAACUCCAGGCUGCGCUUGUACAAGUCUUGGAAGAACGAAGUGAAAUCUUGUCACAUGAGCAGAGUGACCUACGAGGUGACAUGCCUCUGAACUCCCUGGUCUCUGAAGCUUUUGUGCAGUUCUUUGUGGAGAUCGUUGGACACUACUCCCUGCACAUGACUGUCACAGAGAAAGGGGAGCGGGUGUUCCAGCGGGAGCUGUUCCGUAAAUCCCACGUGUCGCGCAACGUGCGUCACUUCUUGCACUUCUUUAUGGAAACGCAGAUGUUCGCAGGGUUCAUACAGGACCGAGAACUAAGUAAGAACGUGGUCAAAGGCCUUUUUGAGGUCCGUGCCUUGCAGUAUUUGGAGAGUAUUUCAGAGACAGAACCAACCGGGAUGAACAAAAUCCUUCGCAGUCUGGGGAGCAAAAUGAAAUUUCUUCAGAAGAAAUGACCGUGCGCUGCUGCGGGACAGCGGAGCGGCGGGG